AUGUCGCGACAGCAGCGAUCGAAAUUAAAAUGGACAGAGCAAAUGAAUUCAGAUCUGCUAGAUUGUAAGAAGAAAGCGAUGGAAUUCCUUAAAUCGGAAAAGCCGCCAUGCCAUGUGAACGGCAGAAAGAAGGGCUAUAUACAAAUUAUGAAAGAUCUGUGGGACAAGAAAGGAUACGAACAUCUUGGAUUGAAGAGCCAAAACCUGCGAGAUCAAGCCGCUAGACUUGAGAAAAUUAACGCUACAGCUGACACUCGUGCUAUCGGUAAGGUAAGCGGCGGAGCGGUUAUCAAUGACGAAAGAGAGCAAACAUUAGAUGAAAACCAGAGAAGGCACAACACGAUUUCACGACAUGAAUUUAACAAUUUUGAAAAUCAAAACACCAUUAGUCAAAAUGCAAAUUUGGAGGUAAACAGCAAUCUGGAUUUGCAUACAGACAAUGAUAUUGUCCAAAACAGUCACCAACGGCAAGAAACCGAAGCUGUAGAGGGCUUUGAA